AUGUAUCCUAUUCAGUACGCCCCACAACCGUACGUAACUGCUGUGACACCUGCCUUCAAUCAACACCCUGCUCAGGCUUAUCAAGUGCCUCUGGUUUAUCGACCAACUCCAGUUCAACAACGUGUUGCGGCUCCUCCAGUUUAUCAACAAGCACUAGCAGCUCCUGUCUAUCAACAACCGAGAGCUCAAGUUCCGAGGCAAAAUGCUCAGAACCAGAAUAUGAGGCAAGGGGAUAGGGUGACCUUCAAUCCAAUUCCAAUUUUGUACGCUGAGCUUUAUCCCUCUCUGUUGCAAAAGGGUUUGGUGGUUCCCAGACCUAUGGGACCUCCACCUGAUCGUCUGCCUCCAUGGUACAACCCUAAUGCACACUGUCCUUUUCAUGAAAGUGCCCUCGGGCAUGACCUAGAGUGUUGCUAUGCUUUGAAGCAUAGGGUUCGGGAGCUGAUUGACAGCAAGAUCAUGUCUUUUAAGGAUAUGGGACCGAAUGUGAAGAACAAUCCUCUUCCUCUCCAUGGAGACCCUACGGUGAAUGCCAUUGAAGAUGCCUCUGUUGGUGUUAUGGUUGAAAAGGUGGAUGAUGUUAAGACUCCUUUGACAGCAUUCCACGCUCGAUUGGUGGGAGCUGGCCUAAUUGACGUUCGUCAUGACAACUGUGAAGAGUGUGCCACACACCCAAGGGGGUGUCAGACGGUACGUGAUAAUAUUCAAGACUUAAUGAACAAAAGAGUGCUUCAGAUCUCUAGCAUUACAAAGAAUGAAGAUGUGUUGGUAAUUGAACCUUGCUUCAAUUUACCUGAACCAGUUGAAAUCCCAUACUACAGUAGUGGAGUGGUUCCUGCAAAUAGUCAUCAGUCACCUGUUGAGAUAUGGCCGGCCAAGGAAUCUACAGUUGCAACUCCCGUAAAUGAACCCGAAGUGGUCCAAUCUGAAGAUGCUGUUGAAUUCUUGAAGUUGAUUAAGAGAAGUGAUUACAAGGUUGUGGACCAGUUGCAUCAGACACCAUCUAAAAUUUCUAUUUUGUCUAUGCUAUUGAACUGCCAAGCCCAUAGGGAGGCUUUGUUGAAGGUGCUUGCCCAAGCUCAUGUAACACAAAGUAUAACAGUAGACCAGUUUGAUGGGGUGGUUACAUACAUCACAACUUGCAAUACUUUAAGCUUUAGUGGAGAAGAAUUACCUGAAGAUGGACAAAAUCACAAUCGUGCUCUCCAUAUCUCGGUAAAAUGCAUAGAUGAUGCUUUGGCAAGAGUUUUGGUUGAUACCAGAUCUUCUUUGAAUGUUAUGCCAAAGAGAACACUCGCCAAGUUAUCUUAUCAAGGACCAACUAUGAAACCUAGUGCCUUGCGUAUAGCUGCUUAUUGGGGCGUCCUUGGAUUCAUGUUGUGGGGGCAGUCACCUCCACUUUACAUCAAAAAAUGA